AUGUUAGGUCCUCCGGGUCUGUCUCCAAAAAAUGUUGAUGAUGACAUUGUCAAGGCUACUGGUGACUGGAAAGGUCUCAGAAUUAUAGUGAAACAGACCAUCCAGAACAGACAGCCCAGAUCAGUGCCCUCUGCCUUGGCCCUGAUCAUCAAGUCCCUCAAAGAGCCACCAAGGGACAGGAAGAAGCAGAAGAACAUUAAACACAGUGGAAACAUUACUUUUAAUGCAAUUAUCAGCAUUGCCCAUCAGAUGGCACACCAGUGUUUGGCCAGAGAACUUUCUGGAACCAUCAAGGAGAUCCUGGGUACUGCAUAG